CUGAAACUCUUGUCUCUCUCUCAACUCUUCUGUAUUAAUAUCCGAGUCUCUCUUCCUUCAAAAAAAUAUCACAAUUCCUUUUUUAAAAAUCUCCUCCUAGCUUCUUCCUCUUCCUCCUCCUAAAAGAGACCGAACACAUCCAAGAUGGUCUUGUGGGUGUUCGGAUAUGGAUCUUUGAUAUGGAACCCGGGUUUCGAUUUUGAUGAGAAACUCAUUGGCUAUAUCAAAGACUACAAACGUGUCUUCGAUCUCGGGUGCAUUGAUCAUAGAGGCACGCCUGAACAUCCUGCAAGAACUUGCACGUUGGAGGAUUCCGCCGGAGCAAUAUGCUGGGGUGCAGCUUAUUGUGUUCGUGGAGGACCCGAGAAGGAGAAGCUAGCGAUGGAGUACUUGGAAGGAAGAGAGUGUGAAUACGACUCAAAAACACUCGUUCAAUUUUACACGGAAACUGACACCACCAAACAGUCCAAACCAAUCUUGACCGGAGUUAUAGUAUUCACGUCAACCCCAGACAAAGUGUCAAACAAAUACUACUUGGGCCCUGCUCCAAUGGAGGAGAUGGCGAUGCAAAUCGCCACAGCUACUGGACCUUGUGGAAACAACCGGGAGUAUCUUUUUAAGCUGGAGAAAGCAAUGCACGACAUAGGGCAUGAGGAUGAGUAUGUGAUUGAAUUGGCAAAUGAGGUCAGGAAACAUCUCGACUUACCAAAGGAAGUUAAGGCAUUGCUGAAACCUGUGGUUUCUCGUGUAUCCAUCAAGUCUCAUUCUCAAGCUCAUGUUUCCACUCUUCAACGAGUCUUUGCAUCAUGAGAGUCAAGCAAAGUCAUGGAGCUAACCAACAAGUUGAUGAAGAGUUUUUACGGAUGUGACUUUUAAUUUAUAGUUCCACUUUUAUUUGUUUUCACAUUUGAACUUUCAAAAGUUUCGGUCAGAAAACAGACCUUUAUAUAUUUCUUUACUCUGU